UGCUGGUGUGCGGGUCGCCGUGGGAAGAGAGGCGCGGAAUAAAAGGGAAGCAAUGCAGAAAUCAGAGUGCCAUGGAGUUGUACAGUUGAGAAACAGAAAGGCAGGUAGCUGUGAUCAAAGGACAUCAUCAAGCAUACAAAUAAAACAUAGGACUACAGUUCAACAAAGCAACUCCUCAUCUUUAACCAGUUCUCCAGAGACUGCAAGAAAAGUUCAUCCUCGACCAAGUGAUAAACUUAACCCUAAGACCAUUAACCCAGUAGCUAGUGACAAAAGGCAUAUGGUAAUCAUGAUGAAGAAUGGAAAUGAUACAUGUAAUUCCAGCUUCCUUCAAGCCUCCCGAAACAAGUUUGGUGAACAAUCACGAGCUCCUUCUGCAUUUGCAGCCAUUUACUCUAAGGGAGGGAUUCCUUGCAGAUUGGUCCAUGGUUCAGUGAAGCACAGAUUACAGUGGGAAUGUCCUCCUGAAAAUCUUCCAUUUGAUCCUCUUCUUAUUACUUUAGCUGAGGGUUUGAGGGAGACUAAACAUCCGUACACCUUUGUGUCAAAGGAGGGUUUUAGAGAAUUGCUGUUGGUCCAAGGAGCUCCUGAGAAAGCUGUACCUUUGCUUCCAAGACUGAUUCCUGUGCUAAAGGCAGCUCUGGUCCACAUGGAUGAUGAAGUGUUUGCAAGAGGACUGAAUGCUCUCGUGCAGCUGAGUGUAGUCGUUGGUCCUUCUCUAAAUGACCAUCUGAAACAUCUGCUUACAAGUCUUUCCAAGAGACUGAGGGAUAAGAAAUUCAAAGAGCCAAUCACCAGUGCAUUACAGAAGCUAGAACAGCAUGGUGGAAAUGGAAGCCUUAUCAUCAUCAAAUCUAAAAUUCCAACAUAUUGCUCCAUAUGCUGUUGAAGAAGGGAGCCCACA